UUCUCAUUGGUACAAUUGAAUGAAUUAUCCCGAUUGAGAAUUGGGCGUCCCACAUGUCAUUUAGAAUGUUUGGGGAUGUUGCUAGUUUCCCAUGAAGGUGGGACGAUUAGGCAAAGCCCCCUCCCUCCCUCCCUCUCUGGUUGCUAUCAUACCCACCUUAGUGGGCAGAACACUGGCGACCUAUUGUCUAUCUGAACCGUUCCGAAACAUCUACUUAGGUAGAUCCCACUUUGUAUUUCUUGUGAGUCUAAAUGGGCCUCAUUCAAAAGGUUAGGAUCAUCCAAUCAGCAUGAUUCUUGUACCAUUGCCUGGCCCUAGUUGUAUGAAUGAAUACAUGGUUAGGAUCGAUGAUAGGUCAUCCUGUGUGCCGUUUAAAAAGUUUUGAGACAUUGCGAAAGUCCCAUGAAGGUACACACAAAGCAACGGCCCACAUUCAACAGAAAAUAGUUCAAAAAUGGAUGGGUUAGAGCAUCUCCCAUCUGCAGUGGGGCCCAUCAGAUCAACAUUUGGUAUCACUUAAAAGAGUCAUACCUGUUACCAGACUGUACAUUUGCUUAGUUAUUCUUAGAAUCGUCACCAACCUAAGAUUUUGUCUCCAUCUCUACAUCGGUCUCAUCCUCAGCUAUCCUCCAACUAUGUCUUAUUCCCCCCUUCAGAAAACAUAAUUACUUGCAAAUAAACCAUUUCAACCUCCAAUCACAACCCUCAAUCCCUCUUUUGAACAUGAGUACUCCAGACCUUCAAGAUCAAAAGUACCCUUGGAACCAGAUCAUAAUCACCUUGAUCACAACGCUUUGUGCUCUCUUCCUUCUCUUGAGCUGCUACAAUUUCCUCACACGGGAAUGGAUUCUUCUCAAUAGACCUCGUAGGCGGCUCCUAAAUGAGGCAGUCGCCAACCCAGAAGACCCUUCAUUGCCAAUCCAGAGCCAAGGCCUGGCACCUGCCAUCUUACACGCCCUCCCUGCAAUUCAGUUCAAGAAGACAGACAGUGAGGCCAACCCAAGCAACUGUGAUUGCGCAGUUUGUUUGGGAGAAUUCGACAAUGGCGAAUGGCUGAGGCUGCUGCCCAACUGUUCCCCUGUCUUUCAUAUUACUUGUGUCGACGCAUGGUUCCAGGCCCAUCCCAACUGCCCGCUCUGCAGAUCAAGUGUUGUAAAUGACCUUAACAGUUGCCAUGACUUCUCUAGUUCUAUGUCAUUCGAGAUGAGUAGAGAAGAUGCUCAUAGCCAACAAAUGCACUGAGUUACAGUGACCAGGCACAGA